AUGACUUCAGUUUUAAAUUCGGAAGAUAAUGAUAUAGAAAACUCUAAUUCAAAUAAUCAAAAUCAAUCAACGCCACCCGUUUCUCCAACCUCAACUUCACCUUCUGUGUCCACGAGCAAUACUCUAUUAUUAUGUUCUUCAAAUAAUGACAACAAGAGGGAGACUAUCACACUUCCUUCUUCAUUUAAGUUUAUUAAAAAACAUGGAAAAAUUUGUAUUUAUGAUUCAGAAACAAAAAUUUCCAAACCUGAUCAGGUUAAUUACAAGAAUCAUAAAGACGAAAAAGACAUUGACAAUGGUGAAUUAGUAAUGGAAGAAAAUUAUCUUUUUUAUAUCAAACCACCAAAAAUUUCUAAACCGACUAUUAAAAUAUUUUAUAACGACGGCGACAACAACAACAAAAGGGACAGUAACAACAAGGGUGACAACAGUGAAUUAGCAACAAGCAUUUGGGUCGCAAAAACUGAUAAUCUAAAUAUUUGUAAUGAUAAUUAUCAUACUAAUCUUGUUCAUGAUUAUCAUAUAAAUCCAUGUGCAACUUGGCAUUUGAAUUCUAUUAGUAAUGAUAAAAUUAAAUCAAAAUUUGAUAAAGAUUUAGUCAUUAAACAUCAAAGCCAAGAAAAAAACAGCGAUGAACUUGAGGAUGAAGAAUUUGAUAAUAAUAAUGAAGUUAGGGUAGAAGAAGAUAUUUACUGUACAGUAGAAGACAUUGGCGAAAACAGCAAUAGUACAAUAUUUAAUGUUAAAUCUGAUACUUUGAAAGUCAAUUCCCAUUAUAUUAAAAAGUACUGUAAUAACUUUAACGAAAAUGAAUGUAUAACAUUUUUAUUAACAACAGGAUUGAUUGCUAAAAAUUCAUUCCACAAAUUAAUGCAAGAAAAAAAGGAAAGUGAAGCAACCAGAAAAGAACAUGAGCAGGAUCUUCAAUAUGGUAUGGGAAUAUGGGACGGGAGAUUGGAAUAUAAAAAUCAAUUGGUUAAAAUAUAUGGAUAA